AACGGUCUUGUUUAUUUACGUCAAACUAUCGCUAUUUUAGUGUCGUAUUUAUUUUCGUUUCGUUGCCAAUGAUUGAAGCCCUUAUAGCCUCAUAACGAAUGCUACCAUUCAUAGUUUAGCAAACCCAAAUAAGGUUUUAAAAAGCACGCUCGACAAUAGUGUAAAAUCAUUUGUUAAAUUGAAAAAAUUGAAAAUGGCGAUGGAAUUGCAACCGUUUCUUCACGAAGUUCGAUACGACCAAACCUGGCUCGAACAAGUCCUGCUGCAACUGGGGGAUAUGUUUGAAAUUCGCAUAGUAUGGAACAGUGACACCGCAGUUUUGGCAGGAGCAUUUGCGCUGGCUGGUGGGCUUGUGGGGGGCUAUGUGGGGGGCAGAAUGGGCGCUGCCCUUGGGGCUGGUAUUGGCAGUGCAGCGGGCCUUGGAGUUUCUACAUAUGUAUCCCUCCGAGAAAUCUGGGCCUCAGUGCAACACCAGCUCAAGGAGAUCCUCUUCAUCAUCUUCAACUACCUGCGUCGCAUGGACCCGGUGGAUUACUACCACGCCUUUGAGCUUGUCCUAGCCUGUACAGCUAGUCGGAGAGAGCUUGUACUGACCAUAUUGGACUUUAUUGCUUCUAAGUUAGGGAAGGAGGUGCUUUCUAGUAUUACUGCAGCAUAGGACCGCAAGAAUCGCAAUAUUUUGUAAAAAUGUUGUGAAGUGCUCAUGUAGAAAAUUUUAGAUUUGUGUUUAACAGUUUCACUGUGGCACCUGUUUGUGUGGUUAGUGCAAGAGUUGCAACAUUGCACUAUUAGUAUUUUGUAGACACCGUAAAUCCAUCCAACUAUAGUCCAGUUGUACUAUAACUAUGGUCAACUAAGUCGACACCUAUUUUAGUAAAUCCCGCCUCGGCUUUGCACGGGUUAGCAAAUUAUACAUCACACAAUUGAUAGUGAAAACUGGAUGAAAAUCCGUCCAGUAGUUUUUGAGUUUAUCGCGAACAUACAAACAAAUACACAAACAGGCAGACGCGGUGGGGGAAUUUGUUUUAUAAGGUGUAGCAAUCUUGUUUUUGGGGUUCACCCUUCUACCUUUUACUUCUCUCUUCUCUCUCUCUCUUUAGCCUUUUUCUACCCUUCGGGUGUAGGCCUCCUUCAUUAUACGCCAUUUGUCACGGUCCUGUGCAACCUGGAGCCAAUUCUUCCCCGCAGUCCUUUUGAUGUCGUCGUCCCAACGCAUCUUGGGUCUACUUUGAGGACGCUCUUCCCCCCAUGGUCGCCACUCGAGUAGUCGUUUACUCCACGAAUCGGUCUUUCGUGCUAUAUGACCAGCCCAUUCCCACUUCAAAUUUGCUACGCGUUUUACAACAUCAGUGACCUUGCUCUGCUGUCUUUUACUUAUGAAAACAUUUUGUCUCAGACUGGAACGUUCAGUUUAUUAUAUUCAUUCACACCGGAACAAAGGUACUCGAAUUUGUUUUGCACUAUAAUAUUUGUGAUCUUUUGGACGAUAGUUGUGUGGUUUGGCAGUACUGGUACUACUGGUUAUUGUUUUCCUAAUAGGUUUUUAUUUUUAUUUGCGGGUAAAAUGACUUCUCUGUAAUUAAUGACAAUAUUGGUUUAUAAAACCAAUGUGUUUAUUUGUAUCUUUAGAUAAUUUACCGGUGACGUAAAGUUUAUUAUUAUUAUUUCUAUAUUUUUAAUAACUAUAUAAUGUGUAAAUAUAUUUUAUUAAUUUCUGUUUUGUAAAUUUUGUGUCAAAUACAAAAUUUGUACAAUAAUAAUUUCAGAUUUAUUUGAAAAUUAAUACAUACUUUAAUGUGCCUUAAAAAUCUUAAAUGUAGGUAUAUACCUAUUUUGUAUUAAAAAUGCCCACUGCAUGGGCCGAAAAUCCAUAAAAUAUAAUGUCAUAUUUUCAUAUCCGUGUUUAUUGUAAGUAUAGAUAAUUUUAAAAGUAGAAAAGUAUUAAUGUACUUAUUUUUCAACAUUAUCUUAUCAACCUCAAAUUGCACAUAGCGUUCUUUAAACGUUUAAUAAUAGCAAUACUUAGUCUAGAAAUGUUGCUAGUAAAUAAAUAAAACUGACAAAAAGCUUUAGAGGUUUAGAAUCUGUUUUCUUUGACUCAGUCACAGACUGACUGCUCAAUAUCAGGCAGAUGGUAGAAAUUAAAAUUCAAUCACGGGGCAAAAGUACCUACUCUAGGGCUCUAGGCAGAUAAGUUAAUUUGCACGGGUAGUAGUUUUAGCUUAGAAUGUGAUUUAAUGUUUGCUCAACAUACAUUGAAUAGUCUUACUAAUAAUGGUUCACAUCUACCAGAGAUGGUCUGCGUAGCGCACGGCUUAAGGGCCACUUGCGCGUUCCAGGGAAUCCAUAGUUAGCCAACGGAGUUAACAGUUUCGGAACUCGGAACCGGUUUUUUUGUAAAACCCGAAAUAGCCCAUUAUUUUAAAUUAUUUUAUGCUCUACGUAGGACUGCAUCAUGUAUUUAGUUAACACAUUCGUAUUAUUAGAUUGUCCCAUUAAAAAUUAAAUAAUAAACCCAAAGAACGAAAAAGAACGCAAUAAUACCGGUAUUUUUUGUAUGAAGAAAAAACCGGUUCCGAGCCUUGCCUAUAGGUAUUAACUCUGGGUUAGGGCCGGUACAGACGGACUGCAACCCGUCUGUAUCGGCCUUUAGUUGGCUAACCCUGGAACGCACAAGUGGCUCUAAUAAAUCCAUAAAUGCAGAUAGGAACGCGAACUAAUAGGAACGUCACCUCGCGCCUAACCGCCAUUUUGCUCAUUUCUUGUGGAUGACCACCCUGUCCACCCUUAUUGUUGUGGUUGAUUAUUUUGUAGCUAACUUUAAGGUAUUAAUUGUGGUGACUCAUGAAUACACUUGUUUGGAUAAAUGGUUUUU